GUGAAUUUUCUAGCUGAGGAAUGAAGUGACUUGGAACCAGUCUGGGCUUUUCUACUGAGCAUGCCCUUCUCUAGCAGGGUCUGGCUUGGGUGGGGCUAGUCUUGCUCAUUAAGCUUUUGGACGCUGGAUUUCCAUCAGCUUUCCACAGUCUUCCAAUGACAGGAAACAGCCGACAACGGGCUCGAUGUGCUUGAAAGCUGCCAUAAGCUGUGACCAUGACUACAGAAGUAGGCUCUGUGUCUGAAGUGAAGAAGGACUCUGACCAGUUAGGAGCAGAUGCAACCAAGGAGAAACCUGAAGAAGUAGCAGAAAAUCAGCAGAAUCAGUCAUCUGAUCCAGAGGAGGAAAAAGGUUCCCAGCCAUCUUCUGCAGCUGAAAGCCAAAGUAGUCAACGCCGCCAGAAGAAAGAGAAGGAAUCAUCUGAUAGCAGGGGUAUUUCUCGAUUUAUACCCCCAUGGCUUAAGAAACAAAGGUCAUAUACCUUAGUAGUGGCCAAAGAUGGGGGAGAUAAAAAAGAAGCUACCCAAGCUGUUGUGGAAGAACAGGUCUUAGGUAAAGAGGAACCCCUUCCGGAAGAAGAGAGACAGGCCAAGGGUGAUGCUGAAGAAACGGCUCAGAGGAAACAACAGGAGAUUAAGUUAGAAGCGAAGGAAGAAAAACCUUCAGUGAGCAGAACUGAGACACAGCCUGCUGAAUUAGUAAGUAAGGAGAGAGAGGAGAAGAUAAAGGAAAUACCAGAAGACAAAUCAGAGGGAGGAGCAGGACAAAGGGAGACCAAGGAAGUGCAGACCAAUGAGCUGAAGGCAGAGAAGGCCUCUCAGAAAGCCAAGAAGACCAAAACUGUCCAGUGUAAAGUGACUCUCUUAGAUGGCACCGAAUACAGCUGUGACCUGGAGAAACGUGCUAAGGGACAAGUGUUAUUCGACAAAGUGUGUGAACACCUUAAUCUUUUGGAGAAGGACUACUUUGGACUUUUGUUUCAGGAAAGCCCUGAACAGAAAAACUGGCUAGAUCCCGCAAAAGAAAUAAAGAGACAACUGCGAAAUCUUCCCUGGCUGUUCACUUUUAAUGUGAAGUUUUAUCCUCCUGAUCCUUCUCAACUGACUGAAGAUAUCACCAGAUAUUUCUUGUGCCUUCAGCUCCGGAAGGACAUUGCCUCUGGCCGCCUGCCCUGCUCUUUUGUGACUCAUGCCCUUCUGGGAUCCUGUACACUGCAGGCUGAACUGGGAGACUAUGACCCAGAAGAACAUGGCAGCAUUGACCUCAGUGACUUCCAGUUUGCCCCCACACAGACUAAGGAGCUGGAAGAGAAGGUGGCUGACCUGCACAAAACCCACAGGGGCUUAUCUCCAGCACAAGCUGAUUCUCAGUUCUUAGAAAAUGCAAAGAGGCUUUCCAUGUAUGGUGUUGACCUCCAUCAUGCCAAGGACUCCGAAGGUGUGGACAUCAAGCUGGGCGUGUGUGCUAAUGGACUCCUCAUUUACAAAGACAGACUGAGAAUCAAUCGUUUCGCUUGGCCGAAAAUCUUGAAGAUUUCCUAUAAGCGCAGUAACUUCUACAUUAAAGUUAGACCUGCAGAGCUGGAACAGUUUGAAAGCACCAUUGGAUUUAAACUGCCAAACCACCGGGCAGCAAAAAGGCUAUGGAAAGUGUGCGUGGAGCAUCAUACUUUCUACAGGCUUGUGUCUCCAGAGCAGCCACCAAAGGCCAAGUUCCUGACUUUGGGGUCCAAAUUCCGCUACAGUGGCCGCACCCAAGCACAGACCCGCCAGGCAAGCACCCUCAUAGAUAGGCCAGCACCACACUUUGAGCGCACCUCUAGUAAGCGGGUCUCCAGGAGUCUAGAUGGAGCUCCGAUGGGUGCCAUGGACCAAAGUCUUACAAAGGAUUUUCCUGGCUCUGCUGGGGAGGUUUCGGUAUACAGCCCUGGAGUUGUCAGUGUGUCCGUGAUCCAGGAUGGGGACGGCAGGAGGGAAGUGAGAAGUCCAGCUGAAGCUCCACGUUUGCAGCUCAUCGAAGGAAAGAAGAAUUCCUUGAGAGUAGAAGGGGAUAAUAUUUAUGUCAGACAUAGCAAUUUAAUGUUGGAGGACCUGGAUAAGGCCCAGGAGGACAUACUGAAACAUCAGGCUAGCAUUAGUGAACUCAAGCGCAAUUUUAUGGAAUCCACACCUGAGCCGCGCCCUAAUGAAUGGGAAAAACGACUCUCGCUGCACUUUUACUUCAUUACUUCUAGAAUUUAUUUUUCCCUUCCUUUUCCACCUCAGCCACCAGUGGUAAAAACAGAGAUGGUAACAAUUUCUGAUGCCUCACAAAGGACAGAAAUCUCCACCAAGGAAGUCCCCAUUGUCCAAACUGAGACCAAAACCAUCACAUAUGAGUCUCCACAGAUUGAUGGCGGGGCUGGUGGUGAUUCGGGCACGUUACUGACCGCACAAACCAUCACAUCUGAGUCUGUGUCGACAACGACCACCACCCACAUCACCAAGACUGUAAAAGGUGGAAUAUCUGAAACAAGAAUUGAGAAACGCAUCGUGAUCACAGGAGAUGCAGAUAUUGAUCAUGACCAGGCGCUGGCCCAGGCGAUCAGGGAAGCCAGAGAGCAGCACCCUGACAUGUCGGUCACGAGAGUGGUGGUGCACAAAGAGACAGAGCUGGCGGAGGAAGGGGAAGAAAUUUGGACCAUUCCAAGUCUUAAUGCCACACCACUACUCCAGCGAAUUUAUGCUUCGACUGGUAACAAUGACCAGAAGCCUGAAGAUUUAAAAUGCCAACACCAAACCUCACCUUAACAGCUCUGGUCUAUAUUGUUCCCGUGCAUUUUAAUAUAUUAUUUUGUUUUAUAACCACUUCUAAAUAUCCUUGGUUCUUUUUUUUUUUUUUUUUUUUAAUUAAGGGGUUUUGUUUUUGUUUCCUGUUUACUUUGUGUGCAACUACCUGCUUUUUGUGACUCACUUUGAUCAAAUGACAGUGAACAAAGCCAGCCCAAGCUGGUAAGGUGCUGUUCACUUGAACAGGUGCUGUUGUGCAGAAAGGAAACUCUGUGACUAAUUUAGAUAGUAGCUUUCCUUCUUCCAGAUUCCUUCCAUCGAAUUCUUACAGUAAAUCUUUACAGAGUUUUCAAAUUGCAGUAAAUAUACUGUUUGAGAAAAUAUUAAUACAGAUUAAAAGCGUUUCUUACAUCUUGACGAUUUUCUAAUGUUUGAGAAUUUCCCUGGGGAUGUUUUUCUGUCGGACCCUUUUGACUUUCCAGCCCUGUGACUUUCUGCUGUGAGUGGAGGGUCAGAAUCUCCAGGCUGGAGAAUCACGAAGCCGCUCACGACCAUGCACUGUGCUAGGGCUCCUGUGCAGCGCAGUGCCGGCACUUCUCAGACGCCCGCUGUCCACAUUCCAGAGCAGGAGGGGCGGAAAGGAAAGGCUCUUCCCGCCCUUCCACUGAGAGAUCCAGGCAGCUUAAAACCUUAGUGCUUUCUUUCUUAACAUCUCCAAAUUUCAUUAUUUUCCCUUGUUUGAACACUCGGGUAGAACACUUGCUUUGUAUUAAACCAUGUCUACAUGUAAAACUGACCUUUUGUUACUGAGCAGGCAUAUUGCUUCCAGAUAGUUUGAUGGUUGACACAGGUUGCAGGACGCUGAGGAGAGCAGCAGAGGGCUGGGGGCUUUUGUGUUGGUUACAAGAGAAAGUUACUCCAUUUAAAGCUGACACCAGGGACCUGAUAGGGACUUAUUAACUAUAUUGAAGAUUUUUUCCUUUGCUUUUGACUCUAUGUAUAGUUAUGAUGCCAGAUUAGAUUAUAGCAGCUUCAAGUUGUAUUAAAUGAUAUUUUGCUUUCUGUAAUACUGUUAUAAAAUAAAGUUUGUUUAUUCUCUAAA